AUGGCUGCCAAACGGAUUCUGGUGAUAGCUGGUUCGGACAGCUCUGGUGGGGCAGGCCUGGAAGCCGAUCAGAAAGUGAUAGCGGCGCAUGGCUGCUAUGCAAUGACUGCUACAACCGCAUUAACGGCCCAGAACACUCAAGGGGUCUACGGCAUCCAUGAAACGCCGUCAGACUUCGUCAGGAAGCAGAUAGAUGCGUGUAUUGAAGACAUCGGCGUCGAUGUGGUCAAGACGGAAGGCAUGCUGGCUUCGGCCUCGACGGUUGAAGUUGUUGCAGAUGCUCUCCGAAGACACGAUGUUGCGCUGUCUGUUGUGGACCCAGUCAUGGUCGCCACAAGUGGUGCGCAACUCCUACCAGAAGAAGCCGUCGAGACAAUGUGCAAGCAGCUUCUACCUACGGUGACCAUCCUCACGCCAAACAUGCCCGAGGCAUUGCUACUACUCAAAACUAGCGGCCAAGCCGCAGAGGAGCCCAAAACCCUAGACGAUAUCAUCAAGAUAGCGAAAUCUGUCCAGAAAUUAGGACCGAAGUACGUUUUAUUGAAGGGCGGCCAUCUACCAUUGACGAAGGACCGAGUCGUAUCGACCCAGGAAGCGGACCAUCACAGCGUCAUCAACAUUCUCUACGGAGAAGACCAGACCAUCAUUCUCGAGACAGAGCAUCUAAGAUCAAAGAAUACUCACGGGACAGGCUGCUCAUUGGCCUCCGCCAUUGCAUCAAAUCUGGCCUGCGGUAUGGAAACGGCACAGGCUGUUACAGCCGCAAACCUCUACGUCGAAGCCGGUAUACGAACAAGCAAAGAUCUUGGUAAGGGGAGCGGCCCGAUCAAUCAUUUUCAUUCCGCGUAUCAUCUUCCUUUCUCUCCCGGGCACUUCGUCGACUACAUGCUUAAUCGGGAGGACGUUAAGAAGGCGUGGCUGGCGUACUCCGAGCAUGAGUUUGUGAGGCAGCUUGCAAAGGGUACUUUGCCCCUUGAGAAAUUCAAGAACUACUUGGUUCAAGAUUAUCUAUUCCUCAUCCACUUCGCGAGAGCCAACGCGCUAGCUGCGUACAAGGCCAAAUCGCUAGAGGAUAUCAAGAGGUCUGCAGAGAAUGUCACCCACAUUCAGGAGGAGGUGAAGCUCCAUAUCGAAUAUUGCAAAGAGUUCGGGUUGUCACAAGACGAGAUUGAGAACGAAGAAGAAAGCGAAGGUAGGGGUGACUUCGAAAUCCGCAGAUACGUCCUCGAUGUCGGACAAUCAGAGGACUGGCUGGCUCUGCAGAUUGCUUUGGCGCCAUGCUUGCUCGGGUACGGCAUGAUCGCGAGAAGACUGUACGGUGAUGCCGAAACAGUCCGUGAAGGGAACAGAUACUGGAAAUGGAUCGAAAGCUAUGUCUCGGAUGAUUACACCGAGGCGGUCAGGAACGGGAGAGACCUCAUAGAGAAACAUGCGGUAAAGCAGUCGGCAAGCCGCAUCGAAGAAUUGGUGCGCAUGUUCAUUCAUGCAACACGGAUGGAAAUGGGUUUUUGGAACAUGGGAUUUAGAGAAGUAAGCGAGGGAUCAAGUACAGGAACUACGAUGCGCUCUCCGACCGUUGGAUGA